AUGCAGGUGCUACAGGGCGCGCCGCAGGUGGUGCAGCUGCACGACGUUAUCGAGGACGAACAGGCCGUCCACCUCAUCAUGGAGCUAUGCGAAGGAGGCGACCUGUUUAAUCUCCUCCUGAUCAAUGGCCGAUUCCCGGAGCGCACGGUGUCGCACGUGGUUAAGUUGGUCGCCGAGGCGCUCAUUGCCUUCGAGCGCGUCGGUCUCGUGCAUAGAGACUUGAAGCUCGAAAAUAUCUUCGUUUCCGAGAUCGCUAGCACGGAAAUCACAUUUUCCGCGAAAAAUCGCGGGGACAGAUCUGGCGACGGCUCUCACGGCUACUCUUCUCUGUGCGUUAAACGUAGCAUCCAUGGGUGCUAA